UUUGGCAAAAUGGCUAGGCAGGGAGUGGGUUAUUGUUUGUUGUUCUUCUGCUGCGUCUUGGAAGCAUUAUCAUGGAAAAUUGUCCGGAACAGCACGCAGCCCCUACCUGUGGUUAUUUGGCACGGCAUGGGUAACAGCUGUUGUAAAGGCCUUACCUUGCACUUCAUCAAACUGGUAAAAGAGGCAAUCCCAGGAAGUUACGUCUUAUCUUUGGAAAUUGGAAACACUGUUGAGGAGGACAUUAAGAACGGUUACUUCAUGAAUAUAAAUGACCAAGUAGAGUUGGUGUGUAAUAUAUUAUCCAAGGACGAGAAGCUGCAGAAUGGAUACAAUGCGAUGGGCUUUUCUCAAGGAGGACAGUUUAUAAGAGCUGUAGCACAGAGGUGUCCUUCUCCUGCUAUGAUUAAUCUUAUCACAUUUGGAAGUCCACAUCAAGGAGUGUAUGGAGUACCCCACUGUCCUGGAGAGAGCUCUCAAUUCUGUGACUGGAUAAGGAAAUUGCUGAACUUUGGUGCAUACAGAAGCUCUAUUCAAAAGCAUUUGGUCCAGGCAGAGUACUGGCACGAUCCCUUGAAUGAAGAACUGUACAGGAACAAAAGCAUUUUCUUGGCAGACAUUAAUCAAGAAAGGGGCAUCAAUGAAAGCUAUAAGGAAAAUAUGAUGAAAUUGAAAAAAUUUGUAAUGAUAAAAUUCUUGAAGGAUUCUACUGUUGACCCUCUUGAUUCAGAGUGGUUUGGUUUCUAUAAAACUGGCCAGGCCAAAAAGACAUGCACAUUGCAAGAGAGUGUUCUUUAUCAAGAGGAUCGGUUGGGGUUAAAGGCAAUGGACAAACUGAACAAACUAGAAUUUCUUAGCGUGGAUGGGGACCACCUUCAAUUCUCACAGGAAUGGUUCGUCGCCAAUAUAGUUCCUUACCUAAAAUGAUCCCAUUAUUGCUCCAACAGGUUAACUAAUUGAUUCACCCUCCAAUCAAUGCAUCUAAUUUCUUGCAAUAUAAACUCGGUAAAAAUUCAUUCACUUCAAAUAUAAUUAAGUUGAAACAUAACCCAUGCCAGUGAUCACUCAAUAGAGGUUGUACCUUUCUGUAAAGGGAUCGAUCCUGUACACAGCUUCCUUGCAAGUUGAGUUUUACGCUGAACCCUCUAAUUUGUAAUGCAAAAAUCACACCUGUGACAAUUGAAUUGACAUACCCCUCUGCACCCCACAUAAACCAUCUUUGUUUGCUUUCUCAUUUCUGUGUCAGUGAAUUAGUCCACUUAAGGGAAGGUCAGCCUGUUUGAGGUUUUAACUGUUAUCACACAAAGAUAUUUUGAUGUGAAAUAUUCUGGUUUCUCAAAAACUGAUGAACUAAUUGCAGUUCAGCAAUGACUUGAGUAUUAACAUUUCCUAAGGCUUUUGGGGAUGAAUGGAAAGUUGUGGAAAUAUGGGUUAUAUUUCUGUGGAUUUGUAACUUUUGUGGCCAGCCAAACCACAGGUUCAGAGGAAGAAACACAGUUCCUAGUUCCUGUCCUUUUAACUCAAGCCAUUUUAAAAGUUCAUUUAAAAAGCUCCUUGGUUACUCAGCAUGCUGAGUUAUGAAGCUUGGUCAAUGUGUGUGUGAAAGCCAUGAAAUCAGAACAGCUACUUGACCCCUAGUGUUGGGGUUUAUCUGGAAUUUUACUUCCCCUUUCUUAAGUGGCAGGGUUACAUUCACAUUUGCUAUAAGUUGCUGGGAUGCCAGUCACUAAUUGUGUAGAAUGCCAGCUUUGCACCUGGAAUGUUAUAAACAUUAUGCACAUUGCAUUAAAUCAUACAUUAAAAAGCUUAAAACUGGCACCAUUCCUCAGUUAAGGUGUGGAAUGGUGAUAAGUAACCUCUUAAAUUCUGAAAUUGCCUCAACUCAACUUUGAAGUUACUAUUUCAAAAACUUCAUUGCAAAAUGAUUAAUUUUGCAUAACGUGCAUGUCAAUUUUCCCUAUUUUAAAAAAAAAAAUUGUGAUAAUAAAAUUCCACUUCAUUUUGAAACU